CAAACUCAUAACAGGAGGAGACUCACUCAUGGCCUAUGACACAGAGGAUUAUGAGACUCAGUUCUGCUUUCCUGCCAUCAACUCAUCAUGCAUCAAGGGAAAACGUUCCAGACAUGAAUACAAUAUAAUUUAUGUGUUUGUAUCAGUGUUAUCAGCAUGGACUGUGUUUCUGAACCUGCUGGUGAUCAUCUCUAUCUCUCACUUCAAGAAGCUUCAUACUCCAACCAACCUGCUCAUUCUCUCUCUGGCUGUUAAUGACCUGCUCACUGGACUUAUUGUGAUACCUGUAGAGGGCAUCAAACAAAUUGAGACAUGUUGGUACUUUGGAGACACUUACUGUGGUUUGUUUGUAAUUACCGUUAGGCUGCUCCUUUGUACAUCUCUUAGUACUUUAGUUUUAAUUGCUAUUGAUCGUUAUGUGGCUGUGUGUCACCCUUUACAGUACCCACUGAAAAUAACAACUACUAAAACAUUAAUAUGCAUCUAUCUCUGCUGGUUUUGCUGUUCAGUUUACAAUAUUGAGUAUGUAAUUAGUAACGGAUAUUUUAAUAUCUCACACAAAACAUUGUGUUAUGGCCAGUGUAUUGUCAUAAUUAGUCCUGUUUGGAGAUUUACUGAUUUGACCUUUUUCUUCCUGUUUCCUUGUGUUGUGAUCAUCACUGUAUAUUUAAGGAUAUUUUAUGUUGUGCAAUGGCAAGUAAAAGUUAUAAAUUCUCUAGUAAAAGGUGGUAAAUGUGUAGUGGAAAGUUCAGUGAAGAGGAAAUCUGAGAGCAAAGCUGCUCUGACAUUAGGAAUCAUUGUGACAGUUUAUUUGCUUUGCUGGAUUCCUUUCUAUAUCUGUUCGCUAACAGAAAUCACAAAAUUCUCUUCAACUACAAUGACAUUUUUAACAUGGACUUUGUAUGUUAGCUGUGGUCUGAAUCCUCUUAUCUAUGCUUUAUUUUACCGCUGGUUUAAAAUAUCAGUUAAAUACAUUCUAACUCUUAGAAUAUUUCAGCCAGCAUCCUCUCUGAUGGAAAUUUUUAUAGGUUGUCAUUAA